AUGGCCGAUGUAGCAAAAGAUAAUUCGUUCGGAUUUAUACCACCAAAUACUUCAGCAUCACAGUCAACAUGUGACAUAUGUAAACGGUUGCUCUACCCGUUCGAAGAAGUUCGACGUUGCCAGAGUUGUCACAGUACAAGCCAUUGGCGUUGCAUUGAACCUAAGACAAUUUCUCAGUAUGGUAAUAACGAAAAUUACAUAUGUAAUACAUGUAGCACUGGUGCUACGGCUGAUUUACCACAAAAACCGACAAAUAGUGGCAGUUUUCGAUUGAAAGCAACUGAUUCGCCAAGUCGAACUAAUCGAUCCAAUGAAACGAAUGUCGGUAGUACUAUUCGAUAUUUUGAAGAAAAACAACAACAGAAAAACGCGCAAGUGUCCAAAAUGACACAAUUAUCUGAACUUGAUCGUUCAUACACGUUUAGUCAGGAUCGCAACGGCAGACGAACACCUCAACGGACUCAAGAACGUUAUCACAAUGGAUUAGAUAGUGACGACGAACACGAAACAUCAGCCAUGUUUGAAGCCAAUUACAUAUAUACGCCACUGAAAGAUUUUGCAGCAACGAGAAGUAAUCGAACUACAAGUGAAAAUGAUAUCAAGGGUGACUCGAGCACUUCUCUCAAUCAACAGCCAGUAUCACGCUAUGGUGGCGGUUUACAUUAUUCGAACCAUGGUUAUGAUCCGACAGUUUCACGCCUCGUCGAGGCUCCUGUAACUAGUUCAGCACAUAUCGUAUCUCCAUCGUUGAACAUCCGUCCGAGUCAUUUCAUCAGUACAACGAAUUUGACGAUCAAUGAAAAGCCUUCUCGGCCCCCUCAGCAACGAUCGAUGUCUCCUGUUCGAUCAACUCCACACUUAUCUCGCACGCAUGAGCCCGAUUUAGCACCCAUGAGAUCAUCACCUCGUGUCAACGAUCGUCCGCCGAUAAAUGGCAACGAUUCUGGCAUUCUGAUGAUUAAUUCCCAAACUGAUCAAACAGUACAUGGAAAUCAAGGCGCGGACAAGAAGAUCAAUGAUCUUGUUCAACAGUUGGGCAAACAACUGGGAACAGAUGCACAGAAAGUCAACGAAAAAUUAGAAUUAAAAUUGAAAAAUCUUGAAAAUAUGAUUCAUCAACAAACCUCAGUUAUUCAACGACAGGAUGAAGUAAUCGAACGGCUAAAAAGCAAAAUAGCCAUGCUCGAAGCUAAAAAUGAAUCUAAACGUGAACAGAGCCAGACAGAUACUAUUGUACCGAAUACAACAAAACCAAUUCCACAGCAACAGCAACUUGCUAAACGCAAUAAUUACGUCGAUCGAAAACCGUCUGAGUCGUCGACGAUUGCUACAGAAAGUGGCAGAGAAUCGACGAAAAAGACCCCUGCACCACGUGUUGGCCCCCAAUGGUCACCACCGGCAACAAGAAACGAUAACAACAAGCCAACACUCGCUAAACUUGUAAGCACUACCUCAACGACACGAGAUCGGCAAACAUCUGACUCUUCGUCGAUGCCAUCGAUGGCUGGUAUACUAGCUAGUACAUCUGUAUCUGGAACAGAACCGCAGACUGCUUCCAGCCGUCUGAAUCAUAUUAUUCACCAGGAGAGCAUAGACGUCGAAAAAAAAUCCACAUCAAAUUAUAAUUUAGCUCCUGUUCGUCAUCAAGAUCGAUUGCAUGCUGUCGGACCGAUUUCACUAGUAGAAGAACAAAUCACUACAAGUGUUCAUCGUGAUAUGAACGAGAUCAAACCAAAAGCAUCAGCCAAACGUUCAAAUUCAUCAUCAUUGUCAUCGAAUUCGUCAAGCGAACCUGAACGAGGAUCCACUAUGAAAGCAAACAAUCGUCAGGCAAAUAUGCAUCGAAGCUUCGAAUCUAUACCAAACACACAAACACAAGAACAAUCAUCGAGAUCAUCCGGCCGAGCGACUUCGCUCGAACUUACUAACAGACCAGUACAACGUGAAGAUUCAACAUCAAUCUAUAUAACACCUGUCGAAGGAAGUCAGCCGGCGUUUCAAGCGAAUAGUAUCGUUAAGGGAUGGCUUCGAAAACAAAAUCGUGAAUCGUUCCUAAAACGAAUCGAACGUUACUAUUGUAUUCUCGCAGACAAUGCACUUCUCAUGCAUCGAAGCGAGCAGGACAGAACACCUGUUAAAGCAGUUACUCUGAAAGGAGCGAAAGUACUCUAUUACGAUGACCCGAAACACGGCCCAUCACUUGAAUUGACUUGGUCAACUCGAUCCAGUGAAACGAAACAUUAUCACCUCUAUGCACCAAAUCCACAAGAAGCUACCAAAUGGGUUACUGCAAUUCAAACUACGAUCCAUAAUCUAGACACUAAGAGCCGAUGGCAUAAAUAUCAUUCGGAUCUAUGA